AUUUUGAUCUGAAAAUGUCAAAAUUCACGAUUGGACCUUUACCGUGCAAGAAUCCUGAGAGUUUUACGAAGUUGUCCGCAAAAAAAGAUACAGUACGGAAAACUGAACCUGUCGAAGUGGUCUGUCGGAAUGUUGAAGGCGAGAAUAAUGGAGAAUGCUACAAAAUAAAGGCACCAAAAACUCCAUUCAUUAUCAAUCAUUUAGAGAAGAAUUAUAUUCCGAAGCCAAAAGAAACUACGAAAAAACGUCGAGCAGGCGAAGCUGGAGGUGUGAAGCGAGAACAUUCAACGUCCGAAUCCGAUGAUCAACUCGAGGAUGCCAAUCAGCCAUCAACAUCAUCACAACAAUCAUCCUCACGGAAGAAGCAACGAAAUCAACAGGACAUAUAAUUAGUUUUUCUCUUUUUUUUUCUUCAUAAUUCCUCAUUUUUACCGGUAUUUUUCUUAUUUGUACAUUCGAUUUCGCUUUAAAUUCGUAACGUUUUCCUACUCCACAAUGUGAUCAAAAUUGCAAUAUUAAAUUUUAUAUGAUUUUG